AUGCCUCAGAGCCCUGCGAUUGUCACGGCCACUGCGGCCAUUGCCAGAGAGCGUGCUGGUCGCCGCGACCAGGGUCCCCAUCCGCGCCAUCCUCGUCCCAUGCUCCAUGAUGAUGCCCCUGACGUGUAUGAAGCCAUCCUGCUCGCACCUGGCGAGAGCAAGAUUGAUGUCGAGGUUGACACACGUCUUCCUUCCGCCGCCAUAUUUACCUUCCGCAAAGAAGAUCACACCCUUGGCAACAUGCUCCGCCAGCGUCUCUUGAAGACUGCCCAUGUGAUCUUUGCUGCGUACCGCGUCCCUCACCCGCUGACCCCCGAGUUCCAACUGCGAAUUCAGACCGACGGUGAAGUCACCCCGCGCCAGGCUGUUAUUAAUGCCUCCGAAGCUCUGAUCAAGGACCUGGGUAUCUUGUCACGGGAAUUCACCAAGGAGUACGAGCUCCGCAAGGCUGCCAACGCUGCCAACCAGCAACAGCAGAACACUGCUGAGUAA